AUGGGCCCCGGCACGAAUGUGCUCGAAAUCGAACAAAAGACGCCAUAUUUGGUCGACGUGCACGAAGUGGAACACGCACCGCUAACAGAAAAUAAGGGACACACAGAAAGACAGGAAGGGCCUGUGGGAGCGGGACGGAUGGAGAACUGGCUUAAAGACGAAAGGGAGGGCGAUAGUGACGCGAUGAUUGAACGCGCCGCAAGAAAAAUGAUCACCCGUCAAGCGGCGACUGAGAGAAACUACCCCCGGGUCGUUGGA